CCAGUUUGUACUGUUUUCCCCCACUGUAACACGCCGCCAUCUGUUCAUCACCAAUUUGAGCCUCUGGGUUGUUUUCUUUCUUUCUCUCUUUUUUAACCCCCUCUUCUUUUUCUCCUCCAUGCUUUUGAACGUUAAAAAAACCCAACUCGUAGUAUCUAGUCCAAUCUAGCAAAUGCACUGCCUUGCGUGUGCAUAAGCCAGCAUCCACUUGGGAACAGGUUCCAAGAAGAUUCUUUUAUUGUGCUGUCACAAAAUUUUGGGGACUGUACUUUUUUCUUUUUUUGUUCUCACAACAAUGGAUGACAGGAAUGCAGAAUGCAAUAUCAAGGUGCUGUGUCGUUUUCGUCCACUCAACCGGUCAGAAAUCCUGCGUGGAGAUAAGUUCAUCCCAGUGUUCCAAGGCGAAGACACUGUUCUCCUUGGGGGAAGGUGCUACGUGUUUGACCAGGUUUUCCCCACAAAUUCCACCCAGGAGCAGGUCUACAACACUUGUGCCAAGCAAAUUGUCAAAGAUGUACUGGGCGGGUACAAUGGGACCAUCUUUGCCUACGGCCAGACGGCCUCGGGAAAAACUCACACUAUGGAGGGCAACCUUCACGACCCCCAGGGGAUGGGCAUCAUCCCCCGGAUUGCGGAAGACAUUUUCGAACACAUAUUUGCCAUGGACGAGAACCUGGAAUUCCACAUCAAGGUGUCCUACUUUGAGAUCUACAUGGAUAAAAUUCGGGACCUGCUAGACGUGACCAAAACCAAUCUGUCAGUGCACGAAGACAAAUACAGAGUCCCGUAUGUGAAGGGUUGCACUGAACGCUUUGUCACCAGUCCAGAUGAAGUGAUGGAUGUGAUAGAUGAAGGAAAAGUCAACCGUCACGUCGCCGUCACAAAUAUGAAUGAGCACAGUUCGCGCAGUCACAGCAUCUUCCUGAUCAACAUCAAGCAGGAGAACGUGGAGACGGAGCAGAAGCUCAGCGGGAAGCUCUACCUGGUGGACCUGGCUGGGAGUGAGAAGGUCAGCAAGACGGGUGCUGAGGGAGCCGUGCUGGACGAAGCCAAGAACAUCAACAAGUCUUUGUCGGCCCUCGGCAACGUCAUCUCGGCUUUGGCUGAAGGAACAAAGUCCCACGUGCCGUACCGUGACAGCAAAAUGACGCGCAUCUUACAGGACUCACUGGGGGGCAACUGUCGCACCACCAUGUUUAUCUGCUGCUCCCCCUCCAGCUACAACGACGUUGAGACCAGGUCCACGCUCAUGUUUGGCCAAAGGGCAAAAACUAUCCGAAACACAGUGACGGUGAACCUUGAGCUCACCGCCGAGCAGUGGAAGAGGAAGUACGAGAAGGAGAAGGAGAAGAACAGGUCACUGAAGGAGACCGUGCACAGACUGGAGGCGGAGUUAAACUGCUGGCGGAAUGGUGAGGUUGAAAGAGCCUCAGAGGGCGAAGACGAGGACGAGAUAGUGACAGCGCCCGACUCCGAGGAGGCGGUGCUGGAUAUAUGCAGCCCGUGUUCCCUGACCUCCUCCAUCGUGGUACACAUUUCCGAGGAGGAGCGUCACAAGUAUGAGGAGGAGAUCCGGAAGCUCUACAAGCAGAUGGAUGACAAGGAUGCGGAGAUUGACUACCAAAGUCAGAUUGUGGAGAAGCUGAAGGAGGAGAUGCUAAAGCAAGAUGAGUUCCUGGCAUCCUUCAGGGCUGAUGGCGAGAAGGUGCAGUCAGAGCUGAGCCGGCUGCAUUCGGAGAAUGAGCGCUCCAAGACGGAGGUGAAAGAGGUUCUGCAGGCCCUGGAAGAGCUGGCGGUCAACUAUGACCAGAAGAGCCUGGAGGUGGAGGAGAAGAGCGGGCAGAAUAAACUGCUGGCAGAGGAGCUUGCCAAGAAAAUGACUCGCCUAGUGGCAUUGGAGGCGGAGCUUUCUCACAUCCAGGAGGUGAGCCGCCACCAGCGGAAGCGCAUCGCCGACGCCCUCAACGGGCUAAUGAGGGACUUGAGCGAGUUCGGCGCCAUCGUGGGCGCUCGAGACAUCAGGCUGUCCACAGAGAUCACCGGCAUCAUCGAGGAGGAGUUCACGCUCGCCCGCCUCUACAUCAGCAAGAUCAAGUCAGAGGUGAAGUCCAUGGUGAAGCGCUGCCGCCACUUGGGAAGCCUUCAGGCCGAGUGCCAGCGCAAGAUGGAGGAGACGGGCAGGGAAAUGUCCUCCUGCCAUCUCCUUGUCGCACAGCACGAGGCCAAGAUCCGCUUGCUGACCGAGUACGCUCAGGACGUGGAACGCAAGAGGAGGCAGCUGGAGGAAAACUACGACUCCCUAGCGGAGGAGCUAGCCCGAGUCCAAACUCAAGAAACCGCGUCACACUUGACCAGCGAGGAGAAUGGCUCCGCCCAGGGAUCCCAUGACAUCCGGAAGGUUCUGGAGCAGCAGCUGGAAACGCAUCGCACGGCACGCAACGAGCAGCUCGGCCACCUCCGUGACAAGAUCAAUGAGCAGCAGAGGAUCAUCAACGACUUAACCCACUGGAACCAGAAGCAGGAACUGGAGCUGGAGCAACUGCACGACGACUAUGAGCGUCUCCGCGGUCGAGAGCAUCAAAAGAGCAGACAGCUGGAGGAGCUGACUUUUCUCCACGAGAGACACGAGCAGUCCAAGCAGGACCUCAAAGGCCUGGAAGAGACAGUGGCCCGUGAGCUGCACACCCUCCACAACCUACGCAGGUUUUUUGUCCAAGACCUCACCACUCGCGUUAGAAAGAGUGCAGAGAUGGAGCGUGACAGCAGUGGCGGCUACAUCACCCAGAAGCAAAAGAUUUCCUUUUUAGAAAAUAACCUUGACCAGCUAACAAAGGUCCACAAGCAGCUAGUACAUGACAACGCCGACCUCCGUUGUGAGCUCCCAAAGCUGGAGAAGCGUCUUCGCUCCACCGCUGAGCGAGUCAAGGCGUUGGAGGGCGCCCUGAAGGAGGCCAAAGAGGGAGCCAUGAAGGACCGACAGCACUACCAGCAGGAGGUGGAGCGCAUCAAGGACGUCAUGAUGAGAGCCAGGCAUCCCUUCCGCCGACCUCACGCCGCACAUAUUGCCAAGCCAGUGCGUCCCGGUCACCACUCGCCCACGCACGCCAUCUUCACCCGCGGCCUCAGCGAGCACCCGGUUUCAAUGGGUUCCAAUGCUCCCCGCAGCAACCCGGCAGCUUCACAAGCUGCUGCCUUGGCACCAGAAAGUGAUAGCUCCGCCUCAGAAACCAGUCAGAAUCAACCCGCCGGAGGCUUGGACCACCAAAAUAAUGCCCCGGCCAUGCCUCCGCCUCGCCAAGCCAACACCGCCGAGAUGCUCGAUUCAGAAAACGGGAACACCACAGACAUCAACGACAACAGCAUGCGUAUGAACAACAACAGCGUAUCUACCGCCGACAUCUGUGACAAUCGGGACCUGAGCAAAUUGGACAAUUUGCACUCUGGAGGCCACCUAAUAGAAAAACUAGCAGGUAAGGAAUCUUUAGCUCUCCUGAGUAAUGUCUUUACCGUUUAUUUGGCUGUGACCAGUCGUCGUUGACAACUUUGCCCUCCAGAAGCCAUUUACACAUCUAUUCUCUUGAGUGCUUGAAUAGCACAGCAUGUUUGUGUUGUAGCCUACGUUGUUCUUCAUUCUGCACUGCACCAAUCGUUUGCAGUGUAUGUGUAUAAAACACAUUUAUUUUCACAAUAGAAUUGAUUGACUGUUAAUGUUAAUUCACACAUUUUAUGAAUUUGCUCCAAAGUUUGCUUCUGAAGUUUUUUUUGCUGCAUUUGACACUGUGUGGAAGCUGCACGUGGCCCCCCCAGAGGGCUCCGUGCACAUGCCAAAUACACCUCACCAUUUUCCCGCCAACCGCAAAUGACGGUUGACACGUUUCUCCUGGGGAAGUGAGCUCACUUGGUAGCGUCUCUUCAUUUCUGCCAUCUGCCUUUUGCUUUGCUCUUAUGUCACUCACCGGUGCUCUUUUUCUUUUUCCCCUUCUCUCUCUCUCUUUCUUGAUCUAAAUCUGUAUGCAGAUCCGUCGUCUUUGUAGCUUUGUCCUCACCUGCUGAAACAUGCCUCCAUCUUCCUCUUCCUAUUUUGUAAUAUCAAAGGAAUGCAUGUCACAUAAAAUGAAAUAUGCAGUGCUGGAGGUGACCGCUAGUUGGCACUGUUUGUCUUAUUUACCAAUUAUUGUGUUUAUUUUACUUUCUUUUUUUUUUAAUCAUGAUUAUAUUUCUUCAAAUAGCACCCCUUACUACAGUGAUUAAUGUUCCCAUAGAUUUGGAUGGGUGGUCGCCCCACAAUGUUGUGCGUGUUUAUGUUCACUCAACAUUUUAUUGUUACUUAAUCAGCCUCACUUAUUACUGUUUUGUGAUAUGGACUUUAAUGGCGAUUAGCAAGGCAGAAGACACAUGGUUGUUCCACAAUGUUGUGUUCUGGGGAGCGACACAACGUAGUUCGGCCCAGUCUUCCUCGCUGGUUGCCAUUUUUUGCAUAAUAACCAUUUUUAUCUUAUUUUGAACUUUUAAUUUCACUUUACACGGCCACUAUAUGAGGAAAUAUAGGACUGCAAAUACUGACGUGUUGACUUUUUUUUUCCACCGUCUGAUUUUCUACCAACUCUAUCAGGUGGUAUGUUAAUGUGUACUACUCUAUGUCCCCACCAAAUCCCUGCAGGUAAAUGUGCUAAAAAAUAAAAAUAUUGAGUGAAAAAAACUACAUAUUUUUACAUAUAUACAAAGAUAGAAAAUAUAUGAGAAUAUAGUAAUUUGAAAUUUCUUUGCUGGACCUUGUCAUUGUGGUUACUCAGAGGAUUGAAUUAUGCAUCUGUUGGGUCUAUUUUUAGCCUUGAAUGAAUGCAUGUUUUAGAGCGUACACCCUGCAGUGUGCAUAUGUGUGUGCCAGUGUGGUUGGAUUUGUGUUUAUAUUACCUUGUCAGAAGGUUCAAAGAAUAUAUACAUACAUAUAUCAAAUAUUCCCAAAUGCGAAUUCUGAAAUGCUGCCAGGUUCACAAUGCUCACCUCAAUCAAAAGUGUCAAUCAUAAUAUUCUCAAAUGACCUUUUCCACAA